AUGAAAGAUUUUGUAAAAACUAUAGAUAGUGAUAGUGAAGUAUCUAACUAUGAAAGUGGUGAUGAAGUCAACCCUGACUUCCACUUUGGUGAAGAUGUUGGAGAAACUUUGAGUGGUUGGGAUUUUGAUAUUGAUGAUAAUGUUGAGAAGAAAUCUGUGAAUUUAGAUGGGAUCUUAAAGAAAAAAGGUGGAUUAACUAAUAUUGUCGGUAUUGACGAUGAAGAUGAUGAAGACGAAGAAGAUGAAGAUAAUGAUGAAGACGAAGAUAAUGAAAAUGACGAUGAAGAUAAUGAAGAUGAAGUAGAAGAACCUAAAGGUGAAGUUAUGGAAGUUCCUCAAGGUGAUGAUGAUGAAGAACCUGAAGAAGAUAGUGAACAAGCUAUGGCUGAAUUCUAUGAAAACGGUAACACAACACAACAAUCCAGUGUUCAUGAAAAAUUUUCAGAUUUGAAUUUAUCAAGACCUUUAUUGAAAGGGUUAUCACAAUUGGGUUAUGCCAAACCUUCACCAAUCCAAUCAGCUUCGAUUCCAAUAGCUUUAAUGGGUAAAGAUAUUGUUGCUGGUGCUGUUACCGGUUCAGGUAAAACUGCUGCCUAUAUGAUUCCUAUCAUCGAAAGAUUGUUAUAUAAACCUAGUAAAGUCACAGCUACCAGAGUUAUUGUUUUAACUCCAACUAGAGAAUUAGCUAUUCAAGUUUCAGAUGUUGGUAAGAAAAUUGCUCAAUUCAUUCCUUCUAUAUCUUAUGGUUUAGCUGUUGGGGGUUUGAAUUUAAGACAACAAGAACAACAAUUGAAAACUAGACCUGAUAUUGUUAUUGCUACUCCAGGUAGAUUAAUUGAUCAUAUAAGAAAUUCACCAUCAUUUUCAAUCGAUUCUUUGGAAAUUUUGGUUAUUGAUGAAGCUGAUAGAAUGUUAGAAGAAGGUUUCCAAGUUGAAUUAACUGAAAUCUUAUCAUUAAUUCCAAAACAUAAACGUCAAACUUUAUUAUUCUCCGCUACUAUGAAUACCAAAAUUCAAGAUUUAAUUCAAUUAUCUUUACAAAAACCCGUCAGAAUCAUGAUUGAUCCUCCAAAAGCUGCAUCAGCCAAGUUGAUUCAAGAAUUCGUUAGAAUUAGAAAAAGAGAUCAUUUAAAAGAAGCUUUAUUAUAUCAAUUAUUGAAAAACUUACAAUUAAAUAGAGUGGUGGUUUUCGUUGCUAGAAAGGAAACUGCUCAUGUUUUAAGAAUUGUUUUAGGUUUACUUGGUUUAAAGGUUGGAGAAUUACAUGGUUCAUUAACUCAAGAACAAAGAUUGGAAAAUGUUACUGAUUUCAAAACCUUAAAAGUUCCAGUUUUAAUUUGUACUGAUUUAGCUGCUAGAGGUUUAGAUAUUCCAAAGAUUGAAUUAGUUAUAAAUUAUGAUAUGCCAAAAACUUAUGAAAUUUAUUUACAUAGAGUUGGUAGAACUGCCAGAGCUGGUAGAGAUGGUAAGUCUAUUACAUUUGUUGGAGAAUCCAGUCAAGAAAGAGCUAUUGUUAAAGAUGCUAUUAAAUCAUUAAAUGAUAAUUCUAAAGCUGUUUCUAGAGCUGUUGAUUGGGCUAAUGUUGAAAAGAUUAAUAAAAUCAUCGAAUCUAAGAGAGAUAUAGUUGAAGAAGUUAAAGAAGAAGAAAAAUCCGAAAAGGAAAUUUUAAGAGCAGAAAUGGAAUUGAAUAAAGCUUCAAAUAUGAUUAAACAUAAAGAUGAAAUUAAUUCUAGACCAAAAAGAACAUGGUUUGCUGAAAAAGAUACUGCUAAACAUCAAUUAACUAAACAUGGUAAAAAAGUAAAUUCUAAAAAGAGGAAAGCUGUUGAAGCUAAGAAAGAUAUGCCUAGACCAUAUAAAAAGACUAAAGCUGAUAGAACAGCACCUAAAGUACAAAAGAAAAAAUCAAAAAAAUCUAAAAAGUAA